UACAGAAUCUCAACAUCAAGGACAGUUUGGAUCCUUUUCUAAGGCUUUCAAACAACAAAAUAUCAGCCACUAAAAGGAGCUACCAAGAUAUGUCCAAAUAUAGAAACACUUUAAGUACAGAGGUUAUAGAACAUGAGGACCAAGAUCCUCCUUACCCAAUACAUUCAAAACCUCCAAGCCCUACUGAUACAAACUGGCCCAGUGGUCUUGAUAGCAGCAUUGUAGACGCUAAGACUGUAGACACUAAGAAAAAGUUAGCCCCUGAUCCUGAUAUCAUCACAAUACAGACUUUAAGCAGUAAGAAUAAUUUAGACGGUGAGCCUACCACCACCACAAUAAAGAGUUUAGAUAUUAAGAAUCACUUGAAGGAAAGACUGCCAGCUGCAUCUUUGCCAAACUUUGAAGGAGAAUCAUCACUGACUGGAAAUGUAGAUGUACAUACAGGUCGCCCCUCAAGAUCAUUAAGUUUUACUUCCCUCCUAGACAACUUAAAACAGUCAGUGGUGCUCAAGCCAAAUUUAAGUGAAAAUCUUGAAGACCUUAUAGAUAAAUUACUUUUUAAACCAAAAAUUCCUAACGGCACUGAAGCAAGAGAGAAAAGCCAUAGUUCUCCACUUCUGAGUGUUCAUGAUAAACCACCAAGUUUGGAAGACAAAAUACUUGAAAAAAUCCAAGAUUUAAAUAACUGGCUUUCAGAAGAAGAUAUUUUGAAUUCAGAGUCUCCUGUAAAUCCAAAAACUAAAGGUAUUUCUGGAGUUUCAUUGUCAGAAGCUGGGCCAGGAAAUUCUCCAGAGAUAGAAAGGGACCUCGUCUCUGAAAACCACUUGGAGGACUGUGAUAUAGCUUUUCCAAUAAUAAAAAAAAGUAGUUUCAAAAAGAAACAUUUAGAAAGUGAAGUGUCUAGCCCCGAACCAGAUUUCAAUAGCAUCGCGCAUGAUUACAUUAUCAAGCAGAUAUUCACUGCCCCAUUCCUCUCCAAGUUGGCUAUGGGAGCGGAAGAAUUGAGUGAGACACAGAUGAACUGGCAGAAUCAAUUACCCAUAUCUUGGGAGAGUUUAUCUUCAAAUAUUCCAGGUCACUAUGAAGAAAAUGAUGAUGGGAGAGAAUUGCCAGAGGCCAAAUCUGUUGCAAGCCAGAUAAUUGAAGCAUUUUCUGUAGAUACUCUUUUAGAAUCUGGGAUCAUCAAAGUGGUAGAAUUAGGUGAAGACCAGAAGGGUUCUUUGCUGCACACACAGACAGCCUUUGCUGGAGAAAAGCCAAAGGACUCCACAGAAGUUUAUUCAGAAAUCAAGAGCAAAACAGAUUUUCUUUCAAAGCAGAAUAUACCCAUCAUCCCCAAAGAAACCACUUCUUUUUUGAAUAGAGCCACAUUUAUAGACAAAGGCCAAAAUACCUCCCCACAAGACACAAAAUAUCAGUCAACACCAGAUGAAAAAACAGAUUUGCCAAGUAAUGGUCAGAGGCUUGAUAGAGAAGAAAAUGAUCUAAGUUCUACCUUAGAAAAUUUAAGUACCUUGUUAAUGAGUAAACUUAAUGAGUCAGAUGUAACAAUGUUAAAAUCCUUUUUCAAAAACAUAUUUAAUGUUUUUUUAAAACAUAAUCAGUCUGAAAAGGGAAGACAACCAGAAAAAGAAUUAGAGAGACUAAUCCAACAUCCUUUUCUAAAUAAUGCAGAAGACCUUGAAGAAAUCAAAGAGAAUUUUGAUGAAGCAGACAAAUUAGACAGAAAACCUAAUUUGAAUCCAAAGCUGCGUGUAUUUCUAGAUACACUCUCAGAGUCAGAAAUUAAAAAAUUUAAAUCUGAGGUAAGCAAACAUAUCCAGCAUUACCUUGUAGAAAGACUUUCAGAAUCAGGACAUAUCACCAAAGAGGAUUUACCCAAAAUCUAUCAAAAUCUGUAUUUGAUAAAUGAGAAAACAGAACCAAAAGAGCAAAAUGUUUCUCUGGAGAAAUAUUCAGAAAUUGUAAAAGAAACGAUGUCUUUUGUAAAUAAUUUUAAUCAUCAUUUUAUAGAUAAAAAUUUGGAAAUAAGGCUGAGAUCCUUUUUAAAUGAAAUUCUGCAAAACUAUUUCCUAAAAAAUCUUUCGGAAAGCAGUUUAUUUAAAGAGACAGAAUCUGAACCUAUGCACUCAAACAUACCUUCUCUAAGAACUAAAAGUUCUUCAAUAUCUUUUCAUGAGUUAGGACAAGACAUUUCAAAGGGGAGUUUUGGCAGAAGGCUUGAAAUAAACAUGAAAUAUCCUGUAAAUAAAUCUCUGCAAAACCAUCUUAUAGGUUUAUCAGAAAAUGAACUAUUAAAUCUAAAAGCUGAUUUAAGGAAAUACCUUCAGGUACUUUUUAUAGAUAAACUUUCAAAAUCAGGACUAAUCACUGAAAGGCAAUUAAAGGGAAUCAGCAACCGUAUAAAUUUGAUUAAGUCUAGUUUCACACCAUUAAAAUGUAUAAAGCCAGAUUUAUCUUUCAGAGAUGAAAAUAAAUUUAUGAAUGAGCAUUCGGAAAAGCAAAAUAAAUAUCCAAAAGUUGUUCAUAAAGCUACUUUACAAAAGGCAUCUGAGGAUAGAAUUGUAGAAACAGAACUGACCAGGAAGGAUGAAAAAGAGUAUUUUCCCUUACAGAAUACUAAAGAAAAUCCAGCAAUAAUUAGAGAACAGAAAACACUGACUUUAAUUAAAGUACAACCUUCUUCCAACAAAAAUACCCAAGCAAUUCCAUCAAAGAAGUCAUCAGAAAGUCCUACAGACAUGGUGCUUAAGAAACAAAGGAAAACACAUGGUUUUGUGCAGCUUUCUGAAGCAGAACAUUUUGAUUUUAAUACAGAGAUUCAAAAUCCACAGAGUUGGAGUGGUAAAUCAGAAAUAACUCAAUCAAACACUUGCUUUGAAAGCACACUAAAAAUGAAGUCCCUUGAAAAAAAGGAGCAGAAUAUCUAUAAAUUGAUGGUACAGGAAAGACAUGAAGUAUUGUUGCCACCGAAUGUUAGAAUUCCUUAUUGCAAACUGCCAAGUGAAGAUGAAGAAGACGUAGGUAAAUUCACGUUUCCUCCCAGGCAGAGGAACACUUUAACUCAUCUCAGUUCAGAGGCUGGGAACAACCAUUGUCAGAGACUGAAAGGAUAUAAUAACAAUAAUAAAAAACAACAUUUAGAAACACUUGCACAUUCUGAAAAAGAAAUACAAACUCUUUAUAUAAAACCAAGUGAAAUUUGCAAUGAAAAAUGUGCAAAGGUCCUUGAAUCGUUUAAAUAUAAAGUUGUGGAAGCUGAGAAAAACUCAAAACCAUCCCUCUUCCCAGAAGUAUUGAAGAGAGGAAAUCUAAAUCCCAAGGUCCGAAAAGAAAGAGACCGUGUCAACAAACAAACAAAGUCACCUAAGACGGUGAAGAUACUAGCACCCACGCCGCCCACCAGGAAAAGGCCCAGGAAAUCUGUCCCACGGACAUUGCUUCAUUGGACUGCAAGAAGAACGAUACACGAUUGUUCGGAUAGAUUUGAGGAGGAUCUUCCUAUGACCUCAUUUCAGCAUCUUGAAAAAGUGAAAUCAAGAGCAAGGCUUUUAGAAAAGAACCCAGAUGAGAGCCAUGAUCGGUUGAAACAUGCAAGACCAUGUACUGCUCCAGGGGUUAACAAGCGUCGAGAAAGCUGCACUGGAAAGUUUACAAGUUCUCGAAUGGUUUCAGCACGCUUAGUUCAUUUAAAUGACACAGUCCCAGAUUAUGAAAUCCAUAAAACACAGCCAAAAAUUUUUAAAAGAAAAUGCUGAAAAUGUUUGCUCACUUGUGAUAUUAUCCAAUUGUUAAAGAGCUCAGAAUGAUAUGUGAGGCCGACAGUCAGAAUAUCAUUUCUCCAAUUAACAAAAUGGUUUGGAGAUCUGUCCUUUCGUGUGAUAGAAGUCAGCAACCAAAAUUCAUCUUGUUAGAACCAUUUUGUUUUAAUUAAAAUGUAAAAGAAACACAUUUUGAUGUAAAUGUUUUUGUUUAUGAACCAUAGGGAACACAGAAAUACAUAUUCAGUUCAUAUUCAUUAGCAAAGUUGUAUUCCCAGCUUUUCUUCUUUUUCAUUAUAUGACAGAAUUGCUCUAAUUCAUAGCUCUCAGAUUUUUCAAAUCUGUGUUAUGCUCUGAAUGAUCCCUAUCACCAGUUUUUAAGUUCUCUAUGUGCUGUUGAUCCCCCUUUAACUCUUCAACUUUAGUUAUAUUACUUGAUUAACAGUAUAAUUCUCUAGGCCUAUAAAACUUGUUAAUUUUAAUAUUGGCUAUCACAACUUUUUACACUAUAAAGAUUAUAAAGAACAGGUUUAAUAUGAAUUUCUGAGGCAGCUCCUACACUGUAGUGACUUUCUUACUUGAAAAACUAUGAAAGGGUCUCUUUUGUUAUGCCCAGAAUUCAAGAUCCCCAAGAAACCAUGCCAGAGAGCCAGUCCGAUGCAAAAGCAGAAGGUCCUUUAUUGAGUUAGCUAACCCGA